UGAACAAAUAUCGGCUCUUUCAACAUGUUUAGGAGAUAGAAAAUCUCCAAAUUCUCAUAAUUUCUGUAAAUUUCCCAUGCCUAUUUAUUGCCCCUUUCCUUCACCAUUCUCUCUCUCUCUCUCUCUCUCAACCCAGCCCAAACCAAAACCUUGCCAGACCAUCUUUAUAUAUAGAUACAAACACCCAUUAACCAUUUUCUUACCUUUCGUACUCUAAAAUGGCCCAGCUUGACCAAAAUUGAUGUAGAGGAGGAGACAUGUAUAUAUCCUCCAAUCACAACUCUCUCCCCAAAAAACAACUUCCCACAUUUACCCUUCUCUAUAUUCGAUCUCAUCUUCAUCACUCGUUCAUUCCUUUUCUUUUUAAUUUUUAUCAAACAACAUAGCAAAAAAGAAAACCCACCUCUUCUUUCUUUCUGUCUUGUUAUACCCUUUUUAUUAUUCUUCCUUGUCAAUCUCCAACAUUAUUUUUUCUCUUUUUAAAGUUGGUUACUUGAGGAAUUUUAAUAUGAAUUGGGUUUCUCUCUAAUCUAAUACACCAAUUUCGGAAAUCGGAAUCGAAUUCGGUUAGUACUAAUAUAAAGGUUCGACCUUGGAGAUGAGGAGUAUUUCAUUGAUUUUUCUGCUCAAUUUGUGAUUUUGGGUUUUGGAGAAGCAAUUUUGAAGACUAUGAUGAAAAGGGUAUCUGUUAAUUCUAAUCAAUCUCGACUCCAAAAGGAGGAAGCUUUAAUUAACCUUAGACAUCACAGUCUUUUGCAAGAUUACUUGGAGCUGCAAAAGGAAUUUGUUUCAAAAAAGAAAAAAUUGAGAGUUACCACUCAAACGAGAGAUGCCCUUUUAGCUGAAGUUCGAUUUUUGAGACAAAGGCUUACAUAUCUAGAGAAUGAGCAAUCUCCCAAAAAAACUCAAACUGUUCAGAAUCAAAACUCUCAUAUACAGCAUAAACUGUCUGCAAAGAAGUUGAAAUACAAUGUCAAUGAAGCUGUUCAACCUAAGCACACCUCAUUUUUGGAUUCAAACCAGAUUUCAAGGGAAUGGAAAAAGAAACCAACAUCUGGGAGCUCAAACUAAAAAUACAGAAGAAGCCUAAAAUUUGGCUAUUCAAUGGCCAGAGAGUUGGAAAGAAGAAAAGUUGGGUGCGAGAUCAGAUUGUUUUGAAGUUCCAAAUUUGUUUUUUGGAUUGAUGUAGAGAUAAUGUAGUCUAUUAAAGAUAUGAUAUUUGCACUCAAAAUAUUCACCAAAUAUUUGUAAUGAUUUUAACUAGUCAUGUAUUCAUUUAAAGUAAUAUAAUAUUUUAAUGUAUUGGUGCA